AUGGAGGGGAGACAAUCUCGGUACCAGCACCUUGCCGAAACGAGCUCUCCUCAACCUCAAAAACGACGAAAGCUCGCACAUCAUGACCCGGACGAUGAUAUUCGUUGGUCGCGAGACUGGCCGCUCCUCUCGCGCGAUCAGUACACCAUCGCCUGGAUUUGCGCGCUACCUAUAGAGAUGGCCGCAGCCCAGGCCAUGCUGGACGAAGUUCAUAAAAAUUUGCCACGCCUUAUGAACGAUACCAACACCUAUAAGCUCGGCAGCAUAGAGAACCACAACAUCGUUAUUGCGUGCUUGCCCAAAGCCCGAUAUGGAACAAAUAACGCGUCGAAUGUGGUGGCAAACCUGGUUCGUACCUUCUCCUCGAUCCGCCUGGGCUUGAUGGUGGGAAUUGGAGGCGGAGCGCCAGGCCCAGCCGAUAUACGUUUAGGGGACGUCGUUGUCGGAACAUUUGUGACGCAGUAUGAUCUCGGAAAAGUUAUCGGAGACGGACAAAUACAACAUACUGCGACCCCGAAGAUCCCAGAUCAGCUACUGAGCACAGCUGUGUCCUCCUUGCAAGCUAAACACGAACGAAACGUUGGACAGGUUCCGAGCAUUCUGAGAGACAGGUUCGAAGGACUAGCUGGAUACGGUCGUCCGAGCUCCGCGGAUUGCCUCUUCCUCUCAACGUAUGAUCAUAUAUUCACCGUAACACCUGGCUGCAACGAAUGCGACCAUUCGAAGCUAGUAUCGCGAAGUUGGCGGAGCACAUACGAUCCGCUCAUCUAUUACGGUGGGAUCGCUUCAGGAAACCAAGUUAUGCGAAGUGCUACGCAACGCGAUAGGAUUGCUCGACAACUAGGCGUCAUAUGUUUCGAGAUGGAGGCUGCUGGCCUGAUGGAUAUACUUCCUUGCUUACCGAUCCGGGGAAUCUGUGACUACUCAGACUCUCAUAAGAACAAGGAAUGGCAGAGAUAUGCUGCCGCUGCCGCCGCCGCAUACGCAAGGGAGUUGCUUACGGUUCUAACUGUGCUACCUGUCGUCAGCGCGCCUAAUGCUCGUAAGUCAGCUCACAAUUCCUUCCAAGUACCCUUUAGCCUACAAGGUAUGCCUGCAUCAGAUAACUUUAUCGAUAGUCCAUCCGAUAGGGCCACGCUCGAACAGUACCUGCUGCCCGAGCGGUGCCCCACCGAACGGCGGAAGGUGUGCAUUCUGUAUGGACUGGGCGGUAUCGGUAAGACGCAGUUAUCCAUCGACUUUGCUCGUCGCCAUAAAGCUAGUUUCAGCGCGGUCUUCUGGCUAGAUGGACGGUCUGAAGACCAGCUUAGGCAAAGUCUUGCCAAGUGUGCCAUCCGAAUCCCUGAACUGAGGAGGACGAGCCGCAAUUCCGACGUGGGACUCUCCAGCAAAGAUGACUUCGACGCUGCGGUGGCCGAUGUGAUGGAGUGGCUCGCUCGGCCAGAUAAUACCCGCUGGCUACUAAUCUUUGACAACGUUGAUCAAGACUAUCAACAGGGCGGCGCAACAGGAGCGUAUGACCUUCGACAAUAUUUACCUGGGGAUCAUGGUUCAAUGCUGGUGACGACCCGAUUAUCACGACUUCAGCAGCUGGGUAAGCCGAAACAUUUAACAAAUGUUAAUCGAGACCUUAGUAAGGCCAUUCUAGAAAGAUGGUAUGGGGAAGAACUGGAUUCGGACCCGGCUUAUGAGACUUUGCUUGAGCUGCUACAAGGCCUGCCUCUGGCUCUGGCACAAGCAGCAUCAUACAUGCGUGAGACAGGCAUAGAUGUUACAUCAUACAAUCGUAUUUAUAACGAACAGUGGACAAAGCUUAUGAACUCUGACGACAAUCCCGUGACAGACUAUCAGCAAGGAAGUAUCGCCACUACAUGGGCGGUAUCUCUCCACACAAUCAAGACCCAGAGUAACGACUCGGUGAACAUAUUACGACUGUGGGCAUUUCUAGAUAAUAAGCAUUUCUGGCAUGGAAUCUUGCAAGCGACCGUGGCUCCGCCUUUUCAAAAGCAGUGGCCUACAUGGUUGCUUGACAUGGCACAUGAUGUGACCCGUUUUAGAAAAGCAAUGAGCCUGCUACUCCGCUUUUCAAUGGUUCAAACCCGGACAGAACCAAAAGGAAGCUACACCAUACACCCAGUGGUCCACCGAUGGGUGUCAAAUCUGGAUGACGACCAGCACAAAAAGGAGUUUGCGCGCCUGGCGCUUAUGCUGAUCGGCCACUCCGUACCAGCCCGUGAGAAAGAGGAGUAUUGGACUCUGCAGCGAAGACUUCUCCCACAUGCGGAGUGCUGUUCGUUGUGGAUGCGCAAAUAUGUAUUUGAGUUGAACAAAGAUACUACUAGUAAUUGCGUGAUAAGCGCGAUACACUACCUGGGGGAUCUCUAUGCAGAUCAAGGCAAGCUUGUGGAGGCGAAAGAGGUGUAUGAUCGAGCACUACAAGGAUACGAGAAGACACUUGGAUGCGAUCACACAUCAACUUUGAACACAGUUAAUAACCUGGGGCUCCUCUAUGUAGAUCAAGGCAAGCUUGUGGAGGCGAAGGAGAUGUAUGACCGAGCACUACAAGGCAAAGAGAAAACACUUGGACGCGAUCACACAUCGACUCUGAAUACAGUCAACAACCUGGGGAAUCUCUAUGCAAAGCAAGGCAAGCUUGUGGAGGCGAAGGAGAUGUAUGAUCGAGCGCUGCAAGGCAGGAGGAAGACAUCUUGA